AUGGAUCCUCAGAGGCAGUUCAUUCCCUUCUGGGCGCUGAUCUGGCUGGCUGUAGCUUUUGUGGCCGGCAAUAAAGGCUAUGACGUCCGAUUUCCGACGGAGUUCUCCGCGGAAGGCGUUUUAAUCAAGAACCUGCUGGCGGGGUAUGAUAAAAGAGGCGGGAAGUACGCGCGCCCCGUGGCGAACCACAGUCAUGCCGUGCCCGUGAAGCUCAUGCUUCAGCUCAUACAGAUUGUGGACCUGGACGAGAAGAACCAAGUCCUGAAGUUGAACUUGUGGACAAAUUAUUACUGGAUUGACGAAUUUCUUCGCUGGAACCCGGAUGACUAUGAAGGAGUUACUGAAAUCCGAAUCCCUUCUGAUUUGAUAUGGACCCCAGAUAUAAAGCUUUAUAAUUACGCUGACAUUCGACUCCAAGAGCGCCGUGAUGCCCUUGUGACAAUAAAGUAUGAGGGCAACAUUACUUGGAUCCCACAGGGUAUUUUUAUGGGUACCUGUAACAUAGACGUGACAACCUUUCCUUUUGAUAAGCAGAGUUGCUCAUUAAAAUUUGGUUCGUGGACGUACGACGGGAGCAAACUUGAUUUAGAUUUCCUCGGCGAGAAACACGAGAUGCUCACCGAAGAUUAUUUUGUCCCGAACAAGGCUUGGGCAAUCCUAGGAACUCCUGGCGUUCGGAACGUGUUAGCCUACGCAUGUUGUCCUAAUGUCAAAUACCACGAUCUUACUUACACUGUGGAAUUCAGGCGGUCUGCGACGUCGUACAUUUACAUUCUUAUUCUACCAUGUGUUCUUCUCACGUCCCUCACUCUCGUCUUGUUUUGGAUUCCACCAGAAUCACCCACCAAAAUGAGUCUUGGUAUGAACAUUUUCAUGGCCUUCUUUGUGUUGUUGUUGUUAUUCGAAGCCAACAUGCCGCCAGCCUCCGAUGGUGUUCCUAUACUCGGAACGUAUUAUUGUCUCAACAUGGUGUUAAUCACAGCAUCGACAUUCCUCAAUGUUUUUGUGGUAAACCUUUCGUUCUAUGGAGCACGAUCGCCUGUUCCGAAAGUUCUGCGAAAUGUGAUGUUCAGAUUCUUUGCUCGAGCGAUGCGAAUGAACAAUCUCGUAAAGCCGUUUCUAGACGCGGACAAAAAGCGGCUCAUACCACCGGCUAUUCCAGGCAUGGGACUGGCAAAUGGGGACAGUAAGAACCCUAGAUACUGGAAAGGAUCCUGUGAGCUUUUGGUCCGCCGAAAAGAGCAAAUCGAAUGUGACCCACAUCUCUCGGAGAUAGACGUGAAACUUGGCGAAAUUCGCGAGUUUUUGACUUUUUAUAAAGCACGAAUGGACCAGAAAGAUAACCAAGAGAAGGUGGCCAAAGAGUGGAAAGCAUUAGGUCUGAUAUUUGACAGGUUAUUCUUUUGUGUGUACUUGAUUACAAUUCUGUCAUCGCUCUCUAUCGUUCUGUUCUUUAUAUUCAAUAGCACUUAACGCCUUGAAACCACCGAUCGAUGCAAGAGCGACGCAAAACAAGGUCUUUAAUUUCGUUAUCUGUUUUGCUGAUGUAACAGUUUUUAAGUCCUGUAGGUUCUGAAAUAGAUUUUAAUAUAUUUAAAAAGGUAAGCUCUGCAA